AUGCAAGAGCUAAGAUCUCACAACAAGAUGGUUGAUUCACAACUUGCUCAAUUGGCAGAGAGAACUCCUUUCAAUUCACCAUCCACUCUACCCGGACAACCACAACCUAACCCAUCUCACAAUCCAAAACCCGAUACAUGUAAGGCGAUCACAUUGAGGUCGGGAACUUCCUAUGAAGGGUCAAAUGAAGGGGAUAGUGAGGAAAAGAAAGGAGGAGAGGAGAGUGUGAAUGAAAACAAGGGAGGUGAGAAAGAAAAGGGUGAUGAGAUAGAAGGAGGUUCGGAGAAGAAGAAGCUUGACAAUGAGAAGACAACUUCAAUUCCUAGUGAGGCUAGGAAUCUUGAUGGACCGGUUCCUUUUCCCGGUCGGCUAGCGGAGAGGAAGUUGAAUGACAAGUUUACAAAAUUUCUUAGUGUCAUGAAGAAUUUGCAUAUCAACCUCCCUUUUCUUGAAGUUGUGACACAAAUGCCAUCUUACUUCAAGUUCCUCAAAGAUAUUCUCACCAACAAGAGGAAGCUCAAUAAUAAGCUUAUUACCCUUCCACGUCAAGUGAGUGCUCUUGUCCAACAUAAGAUGCCCAAGAAGGAAAAAGACCCGGGAAGUUUCACUUUGCCGGUGAAAAUUGGGAACAUGGAAGCCAGGGCGCCUUAG